AUGACCAAUAUUGUUUCACGUCGUCGCCAUGGUUUUGCAGUGAUCACCUGCCCACAGCCCCCAGGCGGCGUCCGGGUCACGUAUGAGCCCGUGGAGAGCGAGUACGUGUGGCAGUCACGUGUCAAUUAUACGUGCGACUUCGGUUACGAGUACAAUAGCGGCGAUAUGGUGUCGGAAUGCUUGCCCAACAAGACAUGGACUGCUGAUACACCGGUUUGCACAAUUGUUAAAUGCAACACGAUUGAUGUUCCUCAUAUGACAUUCACGCCUCCCACAAUGACCACGCAAGACUUCAACACGACCAUCGAGUACGCUUGCGUGCUCGGAUAUAACCAUAGCUACGGUGACCUACUUAGGACGUGUAGCCACACAGGAAACUGGACAGGGACCCUGCCAAACUGCACAAUCGUCACUUGUGAUCCUCCAAGCCCUGUUCCACAUGCUUACUACAUUCCGGUCCUUUUGGAGCACAAUUGGAACACUGCCAUCAAUUACACGUGCGAGAAAGACUACCAUUACGUCAGCGGAAGUUAUCGAUUCGUUUGUAAUGAGAGUGGCGCGUUCCCGCCAAUCGAUCUUAACUGCUCAGCGCCCCACACACUGAGCUUAGCGCCAUCCGAAGCAGCGAUCACUUGGCUGAACACUAGCGUUACCCAGGCAACAGUUACAUACGAUUUCGACGGGCUGUGUAACGUCACUGUGACGUCGGCGACAAAUGACUUGUCAUUACAGUUAAUGACAAGCGAUAAACAGGUUCAUGUCACAAUAAUUGCGACUGCACCGAUCAAGUUUGGGACCUACCAGAUAACACUGGACUCUUCUAUUGGCCUGCGAACAUUUUCAGGUCUGACUCGAGAUGUGUUUGUGGGCGAAGAAGUAACAAAUUUUCAGGCGAGAGUUGUUCCCUCAGCGGAGUACCUAGCCGUAGGCGUUGCUUAUCAGUUUAGCGCCAAUGCAUCCACCGGAAGCUGACGUCACACUUCUCUGGAACUUCUUCGACACCAACAUCACGAAAAGUCACAACGAUACAUUCAUUACAGACCAUGUCACGUUUAACAGCUCACGUCCAUAUGAAAACGUUGUCGUGACGUGCUGGAAUUUUAUAAGCUCGGCCACAUACGUCAUUACAGUCAAAGUCAUAUACGAGGUGAACCACUACUCUCUUUCCUACAACUCAUUGCUGCACCAGACACUCGAGUUUGCGACAUUUCAACUAACAUUCGAUAAUUCUACAAAUCUUCCCAUGGAGAUGGUUACAAUAGACAUGGCCAUUGUAAAUGAAGACAAGAACAAGACGAUUUCCGAAGUUUUUAAUUAUUCGACUAUUUUACCGGUAACCUAUGAAUACAAUGUGUCGUUUAGUGUGCAAGGAGUAUACAGAGCUGUGUUUUUUAUGAGCAAUCCGGUUAGUGACGUCCAGCUCAAUGAGACAAUCAACAUAUGGGAUAAUCUCUCGAACGUUUCCAUAUCCUGUAUCACUACGUGCUCACCCGUUAUCAAGAACAAGAAUAAUGUGACGUUCCAGUUUUUAAACGUCCGAAGAUCAGGAUUUAAGUAUAAUGUCGACUUUGACGAUGGCAAUAACUAUACUAACAUGUCUGAAGACAUUAUGUACGAGCUGUAUUACUUAACUGCGUUUUCGAACACUUACACAGUAGUGGGAAACUAUGAUGUGAAGUGGAAUGUCGAAAACGGUUGGUACAACAAAUCAGGGUCUUAUAAUGUGAUCGUUCAAACAGAGGUCGAAGAUUUUAAGGCCUGGCUUGCCCUGGACGACAUUUAUGCGGCGAUAGGCGACCGGUAUAAUUUUCAGGCAAAUGCCAGCAAAGGGACAAACGUUACCCUGUCGUGGAACAUGGAGGUCAAUGAAACCAUUGUAAAAUCGUUCCCAAAUCAGGAAUUUAAUCACGAAAAUAUGACCUACACUUU